CCAAUAGCUUGAUUCGGACCCUUUUGUUUUGGGAACCAAAACCAACAACGACAUUAUUGAAUCAAAAAAGCUUGAGCUUAGUUUUACCCUCUCUCUCUCUCUCUCUCUCUCUCUCUCUCUCUCUCCCUCUCUCUUUGAGAACUCCCACAGACAACUCUCUCUUUCUGACCACAAGAGAGAUAUUAUCAGGUGAGGAGGAGAACUCAGUGAGAACAACACAAACUUCAUUGCUUUCUUUCCCCCCCUCUCCCUCUCUCUCUUUAAAUUUCUGUAUCACUAAUUUUUAAGCUCUGGGUUCCCUUUUUUUCUGAAAAGCAAAUCCUAAAGUUCCGAUCUUUCAAGUUCAGAUAUCAUCUUAGCCAAGUCAAAGCUUCUGUUUAUGGGUUUAAAUAAAAGCUCUUUCUGUGCAGCUCAUGGAGAGCAAACUGGCUAGUAAACAAUGGAUUUUACCAAAUUUUAUGUAGAAAAGACUUUGUAUUGUAACAUACAUGAUGGCUUCAAAAUCAGGUACCAGAGCUCACUCUGAACUACAGCAGAAAACAGCUAUUAAACAACAAGCAGUAGAGCCGAAGCUGAACUCUCGUAGGCCAGCGCCUUUACAGGUUGCUAAACCAAUGAGUAAAUCAGAACCAGCUACGCCGAGAAAAUCACCAAGAUCUGUCAGGCAAGUUGUGGGAAAAGAGGUUACUAAAGAGGUAUUAGAAGACCAAACAAAAUCAAAUCCUGUAAAAAAGGAGGUUGCUGAUCCUAUAUCUGAUAAAAUAGGUUUAAAUGCUUCUUUAGAAGGUCUCAAACAAUCACUGCCCCAAGUAGACCCUAGAGUAAAAGAAACAAGGAUGUCACUAGAAAGUGGUAGUGAAGAUCAAGAAAAGAAAAUUUCUGAACUAAGUAGUGCAAAAGAUACCCCUCCUGGGUCAGCGAAAGUGAGUGAUGGAACGAGCAGUCUCAGCAAGACUAGUGGAAGUGCCAAGAUCAGUGACCGCACCGAUUUAGUUGAGAGUGGGAAGAGUAGUAUGUGUAGAGGAAGCACGAGUAGUGAUGUAAGUGAUGAAAGCAGUUGUAGCAGCAUGAGCAGCAGUGUUAGCAAACCUCACAAAGCAAAUGAUUCGAGAUGGGAAGCAAUUCAAGUUGUCCGAGUAAGAGAGGGAGCCUUGGGUUUAAGCCAUUUUAGACUGCUCAAAAGAUUGGGAUGUGGAGAUAUAGGAAGUGUUUAUCUAUCAGAGUUGAGUGGAACUAAAAGUUACUUUGCCAUGAAGGUUAUGGACAAAGGAUCUUUAGCAAGCCGUAAGAAGCUUCUUCGAGCACAAACAGAACGUGAAAUACUACAAUGUCUGGACCAUCCAUUCCUCCCAACACUAUAUACACACUUCGAGACAGAAAAGUUUUCGUGUUUGGUUAUGGAAUUUUGCCCUGGUGGUGAUUUGCAUACCCUUCGGCAGAGGCAACCUGGAAAACACUUUUCUGAACAGGCUGUGAAGUUUUAUGUGGCAGAGGUCCUUCUUGCUUUGGAGUACCUCCACAUGCUUGGAAUUAUCUACCGUGACCUUAAGCCAGAAAAUGUCUUAGUGAGGGAAGACGGUCACAUAAUGCUUUCAGAUUUUGACCUUUCCCUUCGCUGUUCUGUCAGCCCAACUCUCGUGAAAACUGCAUUUCUUGAGUCAUCUGAUCCAUUCCGCAAGAACCCCGCCUAUUGUGUUCAACCAGCUUGCAUAGAACCAUCCUGUAUCCAGCCAUCCUGUGUAGCCCCCACAACAUGCUUUGGCCCCCGUUUCUUCUCGAGCAAAUCCAAGAAAGAGCGCAAGCCUAAAAAUGAGAUUGGUAACCAAGUCAGUCCCUUGCCCGAGCUCAUUGCGGAGCCUACAGGGGCCCGGUCAAUGUCAUUUGUGGGCACCCAUGAAUAUUUGGCACCAGAGAUCAUCAAAGGCGAGGGCCAUGGGAGUGCAGUAGAUUGGUGGACUUAUGGUAUUUUUCUAUACGAGCUUUUGUUUGGUAAAACUCCAUUCAAAGGAUCAGGAAAUCGAGCAACAUUAUUCAAUGUUGUGGGUCAGCCACUUCGUUUUCCAGAGUCCCCAGGGGUUAGUUUCCAAGCAAGAGAUCUGAUAAGAGGGCUUCUUGUGAAGGAGCCCCAGCACCGUCUGGCGUACAAGCGUGGUGCAACUGAAAUCAAGCAACACCCCUUCUUUGAAGGUGUGAAUUGGGCUUUAAUACGUUGUGCCAGUCCACCAGAGAUUCCGAAACCGGUUGAGCUCGAGAGGAUCCCGGUUGUUCCAACAGCAUCAACAAGCGAAAAGCCUGUGGUUCCCACUGCUCCAACGGAGAAAAGUAACGAUAAUUAUCUUGAAUUUGAUUUCUUUUAGUGAUUUAUAAACUUAAUGACAUUGUAUUUGUUUGUAGUAGUCGGGGUACGGGAAGAGUUUUUUAUUAACGUUUUAGUGGUCAAGGGUUCUUCUUAUACUGUUAGAAGAUGAUGAGUUCCUUGUUAUUGUUGUUGAGCAUAAUGUUGAAAAGAAAUUGUAGUUGCAGAAGCUAAAAAUGUUCAAAAGAAGUCUUCUCUUAUUGUCUUCAACUGUUAACAAGCUUCUUUUUUACUCAA